UGUAAUACGAACAAACAUUUAGCACUUAGUCAUUUACAAAUGUCCAUCUCCAGUGGAAGAAGCUUUUUGCUGUUGAUCGUCUUCAUAAUCCGUUUCUUGGGCUCUUCAGCAACCAUGUAGAUCUUCACCUCUUCAUUUCCUCACCAAACAAUCAAAGAAAUCGAGAGAGAGAGAGAGAGAGAGACAGACAGACAGACAGACAGACAGAAUGGAAUUUGAGGAGCACGAAGAGCACGACGAGGAGAUGGAGAUGGAGAUGCAGGCGGCGCCCCCAGGUUACGACUCGGCUGCGGCGAGUUCUAGGGCCAAAAUGGGGCCCGCCCGUGAGGGCACCGUCUCCACCGCAAGAAAGAGGGGGCCCACCGCCACCGCGGCAAUCACCAACACCACCACCACCCUCACCACCAUGGUCAGGUACAGAGAAUGCCUCAAGAAUCACGCCGUCAGCAUCGGUGGUCACGCCGUCGACGGCUGCUGUGAGUUCCUGGCUGCCGGGGAAGAGGGAACAAUGGACGCGCUCAUAUGCGCCGCCUGCAACUGCCAUCGCAACUUCCACCGCAAGGAGCCCGAGGGCGAGCUGAUUCAUCACCACCAGGGUGUUACUACGGGGCCCUACCACCAGAGCGGUGGGUCCCACCACCACCUCCUUCAGCACCAAUUUUCUUCGGGUUUCUAUCGCCCACCGCCACCUCCAUCUGGCUACCUGAUCACCUCUCCGCACGCAAGGCCCACUAUGACCUUGCCUGCGGCAUCAGGCGGUGGCGGUGGGUCUCAUAGUAGGGAGGAUGGUGAGGAUGUCUCAAACCCCAGCUCAAGCGGCGGUGGCGGUGGAGGAGGAGGAGGAUUUGGGAUAAAUAAGAAGAGGCACCGGACCAAGUUCACGCAGGAGCAGAAGGAAAAGAUGCUGGAGUUUGCGGAGAAAGUUGGGUGGAGGAUUCAGAAGCAUGACGAGGCAGCGGUGGAGGAGUUUUGUGGAGAGACUGGAGUGAAGCGACAGGUUCUCAAGGUUUGGAUGCACAACAACAAGCACACCCUCGGUAAGAAAUUAGGGCCUUAAGUUAAUUGAUUAACCAUUUUAAUUUCAUUUAAUAGCUAAUUAGCUAGCUUAGCUAGCUACCUAGCUAGCUCAGAAGAGUGUUGCAGUGUAUGUUGAGUUUACCCAGUUAGAUUAUCAUCACCCAUUCAUGCAUGUACGUAAGAAAGAGGGCCUCCUUGCAAAUUUAUUGUGUGAAUGGUUUUCCUUAA